UGUGUAACAGAGCUAUCUGAUUGUCUCUUUCACAGGGAAAUGGGGGAAAAUCAGACAUCAGUCACAGAGUUCGUCCUACUAGGAUUUCGUCUUGGCCCAACAGUUCAGAUGCUCCUCAUUGGGCCCUUUUCCCUGUCUUAUGCCUUCACCCUUCUGGGUAACGGGGCCAUCCUGGGGCUCAUCUCACUGGAUGCCAGACUGCACACCCCCAUGUACUUCUUCCUCUCCCACCUGGCCAUUGUCGACAUAGCCUAUGCCUGCAACACGGUGCCCCAGAUGCUGGUGAAUCUCCUGAGUCCCACCACACCCAUCUCCUUUGCUGGCUGCAUCACACAGACCUUUCUCUUUAUGGCCUUCGCCCACACAGAAUGUCUUCUCCUGGUGGUCAUGUCCUUUGAUCGUUAUGUGGCCAUCUGCCACCCUCUCCAGUACUCUGCCAUCAUAAGCUGGAAGCUCUGCAUCACCCUGGCUGUCAUUGCCUGGGCAUAUGGCUCCUUCCUAGCUCUGGUCCAUGUGGUCCUUCUCCUGAGGCUGCCCUUCUGUGGGCCUCAUGAGAUCAACCAAUUAUUCUGUGAAAUCCUGUCUGUCCUGAGGCUGGCCUGUGCAGACACCCGGCUCAACGUCAUGGUCAUCUUUGCAGACUGUGUGUUUGUCUUAGUGGCGGCUCUGUGCCUGGUGCUGGUCUCCUACACUCGCAUCCUCUUUGCCAUCCUGAGUAUCCAGUCCAGGGAGGGCCGCACAAAGGCCUUCUUCACCUGCUCCUCCCACCUCUGCGUGGUCGGGCUCUUCUUUGGCAGCGCUAUUGUCACAUAUAUGGCUCCCAAAUCCAGCCACCCUGAGGAGCAGCAGAAGGUCCUUUUCCUGUUUUACAGCAUUUUCAACCCAGUGCUGAACCCCCUGAUCUACAGCCUGAGGAACGCAGAGGUGAAGGGUGCCUUGCGGAGAGUGCUAUGCAAGGAGAGUCAGUCCUGACUGGGGUGACCCCUGGAUCAUCAGCCCAUGUAGGUCCAUGGUCUGGAAGCUGAUGACUGCCUAAAUCAGGACAAGUUCACUUCUCUCCCGUGUCUGUGUUUUAAUAACUGAGAGCAUGCCUAACCUCUUCCUUUGCAGAAAAUUUUUAACUUUCUUGCAUUUGACUGUCAGAUAUGAUUUUAUUGAAUAUAAUUUUUUUCUUUGAUUGCUCAUUGAGAUGAGUAUUUAUAACAUUAAAAGUUAUUUUAAUUCACUUUUCUGCGUCCUAAAAGUUGAAUAUAGGCUAUCUCCCUAAUCUGGCUGUGCAAACUCA